AUGGCAAUUCUGCUAGUUUUAAUCGCCCUCAUUCUUUGGAUCGCGAGGCCCAUUGCCAUAUAUUUUUACGAUGCAAAAGGUUUCCGAAAGUAUCCCAAGUUGAAUUUUCUCUCUGGAAUCACGAGUCUGGCUUAUGUUUGGGAGCAUAGACGAAGCUUUCGUACAAGAAGAUUGUAUGAGCUUCAUAAAAAGCAUGCCAUCAUUCGCAUGGGGCCCAAUACACUCUCUUUCGUGGACGUUAGAGCUAUCAAAGACAUAUAUGGUCAUGGAACGCCUUGUCGCAAGGAUGAUAUAUAUGCAAUGACAGCGGGAUCUCACUCCCACAUGCUCAAUGUUGUUGACCGUGACGACCAUGCUCGCAAGCGCCGGAUGUUAUCGAAUGCCUUCGCGGUCCGUAACCUCGAGCAGUGGGAGUUCAAGAUCAUCGACAAAGUUGAAAGACUCGUUAUACAAUUCGACCAGCGGUGUACCUUACCAUUGCCUUCUGAUAAGGUGAUCUCUGACGACUUGUCUGUUAAUUUCAGAUUCUGGUCCAAUCUCUUCACCGUUGAUGCCAUAGCCGACAUUGCCUUGAGCAAGAAGCUUGGACUACUGGAUUCGGGCUCGGAUGAAGUUUCCAUCGAGGGUACUUCCCAGCCUGUCAGAUGCCUUGAAAGCCUUCAUCGCGGUAACCGAUUUUCCUCUCGCAUCAUUGGAGCGACGGAAUGGUUCCACACUCUGCGUGCCAUUUCGACUACAAUUUCCCCUUACCUAAAAUCACAAUUGGAACACGCACAGAAAUUCGGCAGGAUUGUCAGUACUCUGGCCGGCGAAAGGUUACAACUUCAGAACAGUGAUGGUUCGGAUGAUUUUCUUACGUGUUUGAUCAAGGAUAAGAAGGGUAACGCCCGAAAUCUGGACCGCGGAGAAAUAAAUGCUGAGACCAGCAUUCUGUUGGAUGCUGGAUCCGAUACGACUUCAAUUGCGUUAUCAAAUGUCAUGUAUUACCUCAUCAAGAGUCCGCAGUCAUUGGGAAAGCUCAGAGAGGAGGUGGCCAGCGUUCAAUUUAAAAAUGGCGUUGCACCGUAUGCUGAAGUCAAGAGUCUCCCUUACCUGAAAGCUUGUCUAGACGAGUCACUGCGGUUGUCUCCACCAGUUUCAAGAGGACUAGAACGCAAGACACCACCCGAAGGCAUGCGUAUUUUGGGAGAGAAUAUCCCUGGAAAUGUCACAGUUAGCGUUCCAACAUAUGCGGCUCAUCGAAACCCAGAUAUCUUCCCGGACCCAGAAGCAUUCCGACCCGAGAGGUGGCUUGAGGAUGACGAAAAUGUUAAGCAAAUGCGAGCAGUUUUCAUCCCCUUUACUACCGGUGCUCGGGCUUGCAUUGGACGAAACAUCACAUUUAUUGAGCAGCAGAUUGUUGUUGCUACUCUCGUUCAUCGCUAUGAAUUUGCACUGCCGUCGAGGGAUUGGAAACUGGAAUGGGAAGAGGCAUUCAAUCUUUGGCCAGCCCAGAUGCCAUUGAAGAUAUGGAGAAGGGAUGAAGGAGUUACCACCACGGGGAAAUCCACCGUCUCCUCAAUCCUCUCCACAUCCUACUCUCUCCCCAUCAUCGACGCAGAUAUCCUCGCCCGCAAGGUCGUCGAACCAGGCACAGCAGGCUACAAGGCAAUCGUGAACUACUUCGGUCCCAGCACACCCGACCUCCUCCUCGAUGACGCACAAGAUACCCCUCCCCCCAGGGAAAACCUCUCAACAGACCUGCUCUCGGCCGUCGCGUCUUCGGCGACACAGAUGAGCGCAAACGCGAUCGCCAAGUCUUAA